GCUCCUGGAGGAAGCGCCCCGCAGCUGCGGGGCGUGGGGGCGGUGGCGGCAUCAGCCAAGGCCGAUUCUCAGGCGGGGAAGGCUGUGGUGAAGGCUGCCGACUCCCCAACCUGGGACGGUGCUCCGCUGGGCCUCUUUCCAGGCCCCAUGGAGGCAGCGGUGGGCGCGGGCUGCGGCCCGGGGUCGCCACUAGUGCUGAGCGACGGUGAGCAGCAGUGCUACUCCGAGCUCUUCGCGCGCUGCGCUGGCACUGCCAGCGGGGGCCCCGGGUCUGGGCCCCCUGAGGCUGCCAGGGCCGCCGUGGUUGCAGCCACCGCAGCCACGGGCCCGGUGGCUGACCUGUUUCGGGCGUCGCAGCUGCCCGCCGAGACGCUGCACCAGAUCACAGAACUGUGUGGUGCCAAGCGGGUUGGUUAUUUUGGUCCAACUCAGUUUUAUGUUGCCUUGAAAUUAAUUGCUGCAGCACAGUCUGGCCUCCCUGUGCGGAUAGAGAGUAUUAAAUGUGAAUUGCCACUGCCUCGCUUUAUGAUAUCAAAGACUGAAGGUGAGAUACGAUUUGGGAACUCGGCUGAGCUGCAUGGAACCAAGGCUCAAAUUCCAUAUUUAAUCUCAGAAAAAAAUACCUUCAAAAGAAUGGAUGAUGAGGAUAAACAGCAGGAAACACAGUCUCCCACGAUGUCACCUCUAGCCUCCCCUCCUUCUUCCCCGCCUCAUUACCAGAGGGUGCCCUUGAGCCAUGGCUACAGCAAACUGCGGAGCAGCACGGAGCAGAUGCAUCCAGCUCCUUAUGAAGCUAGACAGUCCCUUAUCCAGCCCGAGGGAUCCUCAUCAGGGAACCAAGGAGCCAAGCCCCCUCGGCAUCAGGCUUCCCUUAUCCAGUCUUUUUCAGUGGAGAGAGAACCACAAGAUAACAGCAGUAAUUACCCAGAUGAACCGUGGAGGAUAACAGAAGAGCAGCGAGAGUACUAUGUCAAUCAGUUCCGAUCCCUUCAGCCAGACCCGGGUUCCUUCAUUUCAGGUUCAGUGGCCAAGAACUUCUUCACCAAAUCAAAGCUUUCCAUUCCAGAACUCUCCUAUAUAUGGGAACUUAGUGAUGCUGACUGUGAUGGAGCCCUGACCCUGCCUGAGUUCUGUGCUGCAUUUCAUCUCAUUGUGGCCCGGAAGAACGGCUAUCCUCUGCCUGAGACCCUCCCUCCAACUCUGCAGCCAGAAUACUUGCAAGCAGCCUUUCCUAAGACCAAGUGGGAGUGUACCUUAUUUGAUUCUUAUUCUGAUUCCAUGCCAGCAAACCAACAACCCCAUGAUGUGAAUCGGAUGGAGAAGUUAUCUAUUAACGACAUGACUGACUUUCCUGUUCCUACCCAAGAUAUGACUGGUAAUGACAAACAAGCUUUGAAAAGUACUACGGAUGAAGCCUUACCAAAGGACAUGUCUGAGAAUCCAGCCACUCCUAAGGAGUCCAACAGUCUCAAAGCAAGACCAAGAUCCAGAUCUUACUCUAGCACCUCCAUAGAAGAGGCCAUGAAAAGGGGUGAGGACCCUCCCACCCCGCCACCGCGGCCACAGAAAACCCAUUCCAGAGCCUCCUCCUUGGAUCUGAAUAAAGUCUUCCAGCCCAAUGUGCCAGCUACUAAGUCAGGAUUGUUACCCCCACCGCCUGCACUCCCUCCGAGACCUUGUCCAUCACAGUCUGAGCAAGGGUCCGAGGCCGAGCUACACCCCCAACUGAGCAGAGCCCCCUCCCAAGCUGCCGAGAGUAGUCCAACAAAGAAGGACAUGCCAUAUUCUCAGCCUCCAUCAAAGCCCAUUCGUAGGAAAUUACGACCUGAAAAUCAAGCUGCAGAAAAUCAAGAGCCUUCUGCUACUGUUGGUGCGCCAGCGUCUGCAGCAACUGUGAAACCCCAUCCAACAGUCCAAAAACAAUAUUCCAAACAAAAGAAGGCUAUUCAAACCGCUAUCCGCAAAAAUAAAGAGGCAAAUGCAGUGCUGGCCCGGCUGAACAGUGAACUCCAGCAGCAGCUCAAGGAAGUUCAUCAAGAACGAAUUGCAUUGGAAAACCAAUUGGAACAACUUCGUCCAGUCACCGUGUUGUGAUGCGCAAGACCCAAGUAACAGUGGGUGACCUUUUGUGCCAAGAUCUUUCCUUCAACUAUUUCAAUCCAACUACAUGUCAUAGAUGUCUGACUGUGUCAAAAAGCUGUGAGCAGUGGAUUAGAAUCCAUGCCACCUUUUCUUUCAUACUUGUAUGUUUUACUGGAUGGAAAAAUACAACUGAUUAUCACACUUGAAAUUGUAAUCAUCAGUGGAAUUUCUCUCUACUUCUUCAAUAUUUCCUUGAGGUGUUAGAUGUUGCUCCUUACCAAAAAUCAAUCUUUUAUCAAAUAAUUUAGAGCAUUAUUUAUUUAAAGAAUUUAUGGUUUAUCCGAAACCUCAUAACCCAGUAUGUUCAGGAUGCUUGUUUUAUUUUUGUUAUGUAUAUCGCGUACAGUAUGUUGGUUUCCUGAAUAAUUGAAAUUGUAACUGGAUAGUUUUUGGCAUGACAAUAAUAAAACAAAAACUAAAAUAAAACAAAAGCAUCAGAUUUAGACUGGCUCUGUGCCCUCCACCACCAUAUACCAAAAAUUGCUUCUUUAGUGCCAUUUUGAUAUUAUAUUUAUCGAUAAAUAAUACAUGACUCUUGUUUUCUACUGAGUGUCCAAGAUUUACUGGAUAUUCACACCUCUGGAAAGUGGAAGUUCUGUCAGUGAUCUGUUCAACUUAGCCCAGUUAGGUCAUCAACCCAGAUAACUCAGUUCUUUUGUGUAAAUUUUUUUGGCAAGAACAAUGUGCUUUAACUGCCUUGCCUGAUCCAAUUAAAUAAAUAGUUGCCAGAUCUCUACUAUUAUCCUCUAUGGGAUAACCCAUCUGAAAUGCAUGAAUUUGGAAACUGCCCAUCAAAUAUGAAAGGCUUAUGAGACUGUUUGGAUUGAUAAACAUUUGUUGUUUGAACCCAGGUUAUUCAAACUGGGGACAAAGAGCGAAAAUGGUUGUUACCAACCAUUCAACAAUCUCUGGUAAUUAUUUUUGUCUUUGUUAUAUUAUCUUGGGCUGUGAGUGUAUUGGAUAUGAAAUAAUAAAGGCAAUUCUGAAACAGGGUAUAUAGCUAUUUGGUUCUGUGUGAAGUGUACCCUUGGGAAGUGAUUGGUUUAUGUGCCACCCAGAGGGGCCCAGCUGACUCCAGUGUAAGUGAUGUAAAACAGUGAGCUCAAAUUGCAGAAGCCAGUAUCCUAUAGAAAUUUGGAUAGCUGCUGCUUCACCUGAAAGCUCAAGUUGAAAAUGGGAAUUGAGCAACCCUCACAGGGAUCAGGGCAUGCCAAUUUUAACAUUACUUUGAGAGACUGAUGGCAAAAAUGCUGUCUCUUAAGCAUUUUGCUACUUUAUACUUUUUUAGGGUAGAGGGGUGGGAUGUGUCUAGGGUCCUUUUUGAAGUGGUUUGGAUAGGUUUGCAGCAUGUCAGAUUAAAUCUUUGAUUUCAACAGAGUUGACAGCUUCUAGAAAAGUAGGCGUUUAUUUAAUGCUUCCUCAUUCCAUUGGCAAGUUUUAUCAAUAGCUUAAUGGCAGAAAAGAAAGGCUCAAACAGAUGAUGUUUUUCCAGAGAAAAACAAAUUUUCGAUUCUGUUCUGUGCAUAUUAAAGGCUUUUGAAUUGGCUUGGUUUUGAACAUCAGAAAUCUUGAACUUUUCUCUGUUCAUACCUUCUUCCUUCCUUCCCCUUUGGCUGCCUUUUUUCCCCCCUUUAAUCCCUGUACGAAGGGUUCAGAAUCAGUUUAAACCCUUCCUAAGGUCAUGAAUGGGUCAGUGUAAAGUUAACCUCUUUUCCCAUAUUCUGAGAUCUGGGAGCUGUAACCAAUUUUAUCAACAGUGUCCUUGUGGCAGGCAUUUCACAGCAUGUUUGCCUUUUGUUACAUUCAAUCCAGGAAAGGCUAGCAUGUGUACUUUAUCCCAUAAUCUUCCAGUACAUAUACACUCACUCCAGAUAACACUUCAUGUCCAUUAAGCAGACAUAUAAACUAAGCAAUGUUAGUAUAUAUUAUGGAUUUUAAAAAUACUGACAUUUCCCUCAUCAAGUCAAUGCCAAAGUAAGCCAAAUUAGAUUAGGAUUUUGUUUAGUUGCUUUGAUUUUUAUUAAAGGAAAAAAUCUCCCAUCAGACAAUCAAAGCUCCAUGAAUUGCAUAGUGUCACCAAUAUUUUAAGAGGCAUUGCAUUAAAGCACAUACCAAUAAUAUCUAUACCCAGCCUUCUUGACUGGAUUUCUAGUUACCACAAUUUAUUAGUUAUUUAGAAGUGGAUUCUUAAAAAAGCAUUAAAUACAAACACGUAGAUGUACAUACACUUAUACAUAUUAUUAUUACCUAACUAGUGUUCAUCCUCUCCUUUUCUCUGUUUUCUUAGGAUAUGCAAUCUCAGUUUAGGAUUAUAACUCCUGAUAAUGCUUCUGUGAGCCUUUAAUGUAAUUUAUGGGAGGGGUGGGCUAUUGAAAUUACCAUUAUAUCUCUUCUAGAAAACUACUCCAAAAUUAGACCUGCUUGCUGGGCAGAGUUCUGUGGACAAAAGGACAGUGUUGCUUCCAUCCAUAGGGAUUUAAUAACCUUGUUGUUAAGUGGUCUUCCUCCACAGGGGUCUUGUAGUUCCAAGAAUGAAAGUACAGUAGGAGUUGAUAGUGUCUCUUAUAUGUGGCAUAUUGUUUUUGCCACCUCCCUAGUCAGCAGACAUGGAGCAAAUCCAAAAGGUAUAUAUCUGGAGUGGAUGUAUGCGCUGUCAUCAAUGCAGAUACUUGCUUUAGUUGGAAGGAUUUAACUGCUUUAUUAAUAUUAGAGAAGUGCUUUGGGCCUGAUUGGAAGAGGAGAAAGGUUAGCUGGCAGCUAUCCCCAUUUUAAUUUCAUUAGAGAAUAGGAUGUCCAGGCUGAGAAGACUGGUACUUAUCUAUUGGCUGUUUAAUUACAGGGAAACCAAGGCCUGGAGAAACCACAGGUCCUAGCCCAAGAAUCCAUGGGAAGAAGUAAUUAGUGGCAGAGUUUGGAUGCCAGGCUGAUUUUAUGGAUUCUAGGCUAACUCCUUGAGCCUCUAGCAAAUAGAUUAGAAGGGUUUCUUCUAUGUUAAAUUUCAUUUACUUAAUGAAUCUGUCUGAAAUUAUGAAAACAUGUUUUAAUGACUAUUAGAUCUAGAUAUGUCUUGUGGAUUGAAGCAAAAGGUAAAAUCUUAAGGGAAGGAAUAUGGUUGAACUAUUUGUUCUUCUGGAUGCCUCACCUUUCAUGAUGCGAUAAGUUAUUCUGAGUUUCUUGGCAGAACUUUUGAGAGCUGUUGCUUUGAAUGGAUUCCAUUCCUGUAUUCCUCAUGGGAGUUUGUUUUUAAAAUAGACUAGAAAUGAACUCAAUAUGUAGUAAGUUAGUUUUCUUCAGUGUAUCUUUGGUUACUUGGGUUGCAAAUGUUCAAUUUCAGCAUACUUUAUGGUGAGUAAUCAAAAACAUGAGUUUUCCUUUGAUUUUCUACCAAUCUCUGAAUUCUCGUAAAGCAUCCUUCUCUUCAUAUAUGACUUGAUUCUAUAGUCUGUUUCUAAGUGAUAUUGUCUAGUUCUCAAAUAAUCUCACACCCAUGGUGAUAAUAGAUGUAUAUUCAGAAGAUCAAUAAGAAAAUAAUCUGAAAUGGAUGUGUUCUUUGCGAUUAAGACAAGCUUUUGCAAAGGUCUUCUAAGCAGCAGUUUGAAAUAUCUCAAUUACUGUAUAACACCUUAGAGCUAAAAACAUUUGCUCAACACAAACUAAAAUCACACCUCCUGGCUAGAUAUCACCAAGGGACUGUGAUUUUAAAUAUAUAGAAAAAAGAAUUUCAAAUAUCUGAGCAACCAGGUCUUCCCAUAUUGAGAAAUAGGACUCAGAGGUAACCUUGAAAAUUAUGCAUAUGAACAAAGUGAAAUAUAUCAUUGAAGAGGCCUUUUUCUACUCUAGUUAAAUACAACAGUAGUAACUUUGGUUUCUCUUUCCAAAUUGGUUUAUUCCAUUUUAGGUGUGCUCUUUUAAAACUAUGAUCAAAGGAUCACUUGAAUUUACACUUCAGUUAUUGGCAUUCUGUUAGGGCUUUUUUUUUUUUUUUUUUUUUUUUUUUUGCUUCAUGACUCAGUGUGGGAAGAAGAAGGGAUUUGAGUUUUUGGAGUUCUGAGCUGGCAUAUCUUGUUUCUCCUUUGGCACAGGCUAAGAGAGACUGCCCACCAAUGCCAACAUAUCAGUUAUUGAUGGAUAUUUGAGCGGGAGUCUUACUAUGUAAACCACCCUGCUUUGCUUGUUUGCAUUAAGAAAUGCAUCUAGUUGUGACCCUCCUAGGAGCAACUGUAAGAAUAGCAGAUAUGGAGGGCCAGACAUUAAAAGUAGUACAAGCAGAUUCUAAGAGCUGCUUACCUUCUCAAAAUUCAGAAGCUGCCUUAUAAGCAUGCCCUGAAACGGCCAGUCUGUGAAUGUGAGCAAGACAUUCCAGGUAAGUAGUUGCUUUUAGGCUUCUGUAGCUAUUUUCUUCAUUGACUAACACACAUGAUGUUAAUGGAACCUUUUCUAAAAGGCAUUGUAGGGUUUCAAUUGAGAGGACUUGUUCUAGUUAUAGAAACCUUGCUCUGCUUUUAACAAUUUGAGGUGUUUAUUUUUCAUGUUUUUUGAGUUCUCCUAUCUUGCUCUAAACUAACUUCAUGACGGUGUGAGGUUGAAGACAGUGGGUUUAUAACACUGAAGACCGGAGGACACUGACUUGAAUUGGAAUUUGGCUACUACAAUAAGGAAACCUUCAGGUAGCAGGUCCAUCCUAAAGCUCCUUCAGGGAGCUGCACCCUGGCCGUGGAACAGUUGAUGCAAUAACACAUUGUAUGAUGUUUGGAUCGACUGAGUUGUGUUGUUUUUGUUUUAAGGCAACUUUAGCUGCACACAUGUUAGGAACUGGGUAUCCCUUUUCCUUCAGCACUGCUAUUCUUUUGUUUCUUCAGCAUAAAUAUGUUCAAGUGAGCUGCAGGUGGGAAAGCCAUUUUAGUUUUUGUAAAAGUGGGCCAGGAGAGAUAAUGAACUGAUGGUCUAUUUUAAUCUUGAAAGUAAAAAUGUAUAUUUUUUCAUGACAGGUACUUUGAAGAGUAAAACAAGUAACCACAAAGUAUAUACUUGAUGCCUUCUGUCUUUUCAUGAUUAUAUGCUAAUAAUUUGUGUUAAUAUUUUACUCAGAGUCUCAUUCAUUUGCUAAGUAUAGAGAACAUCAUGUAUAUUGAUCUUAAAUAUAAAUAAAUAUAAGGUAUCCUGUACUUGGAUUGUAACUUGUAGACUCAAGCUAACCUUAUCGCCUCUUUUUCACACUUGUUGAAAAGUCUGUGAAGAACAUAGUAGGUUAAAAAUAUUCAAAUUUGGAAAAUGUACACGAUAUGUAACUAAAGUUAUAUGUUAAAAAUAAAUGUAU